ACUAAUACCUCAAAAAAAAAAAGCAAUAAUUUUACGUUAUCAUGGGAAGUUCUGAGUGUCACGAAACUCAUGUUCUACUGGUAACAUUACCAUUGCAAGGUCACAUCAAUCCAAUGCUCAAAUUCGCCAAACAUAGCUCACGAUCCAACCUCCGCUUCACCCUCGCCACCACUGAUCAAGCCCGUGACCUCUUCUCGGCCGGCGCCACCACCACCGGAAACAACCCAUGCAGCCCGGUGGAUCUCGCUUACUUCUCAGACGGCCUGCCUAAAGACGACCCAAGAGCCGAACCAACCCUCCUAGAGUCAUUGAGAAAUGUCGGGGGAAAUAACUUGUCUAAAAUCAUCGGUGAAAAGAGAUUCUCUUGCAUCAUCUCUUCUCCUUUCACUCCAUGGGUUCCAGCCGUUGCAGCAGCUCAUAAUAUCCCUUGUGCGAUCCUCUGGAUCCAAGCUUGUGGAGCUUACUCCGCGUAUUACCGUUAUUACAUGAAGACAGACGUUUUUCCCGACAAUCUCGAAGAUCUGAAUCAAACGGUGAAACUACCAUCCUUACCGUUGUUGGAAGUCAGGGAUCUCCCUUCCUUUAUUUUACCUUCCGGAGGAAGUCACUUCAAUAAGCUCAUGGCAGAGUUCGCAGAUUGUUUGAGAUAUGUGAAAUGGGUUUUGGUGAACUCGUUCUACGAACUCGAAUCAGAGAUCAUCGAAUCCAUGUCAAAUCUCAAACCUAUAAUCCCAAUAGGCCCUCUAGUUUCUCCUUUUCUGUUGGGAGCUAAUCAGCUCCAAAGCCUAGAUGGUGAAAAUUUGGAUAUGUGGAAAGCUGAUGAUCAUUGUAUGAAGUGGCUUGACGAGCAAGCUAGGUCUUCGGUUGUUUACAUAUCUUUCGGAAGCCUGCUCAAAUCUUCGGCGAAUCAAGUCGAGACCAUAGCGACCGCUCUUAGAAACAGAGGAGUUUCAUUCCUAUGGGUGAUAAGGCCCAUGGAAAGAGCCCAAGCCGUGGACGUUUUGCAGGAGAUGGUCAAGGAAGGUCAAGGUGUUGUGAUAGAGUGGGGCCAACAGGAGAGGAUACUGAGCCACGCGGCGAUCUCUUGUUUCAUCACUCACUGCGGUUGGAACUCAACGAUAGAGACGGUGGCGGCUGGUGUUCCGGUGGUGGCAUACCCGAGCUGGACGGAUCAGCCGAUUGUCGCAAGACUGCUAGUGGAUGUGUUCGGGAUAGGAGUGAGGAUGAGAAACGACGCAGUAGACGGGGAGCUUAAAGUCACUGAGGUAGAGAGAUGCAUCGAGGCUGUGACUAAGGGACCUGCGGCGGCGGAUAUGAGGAAAAGAGCAACGGAGCUAAAGCAGGCAGCAAGAUUGGCGAUGGCGCCUGGUGGAUCUUCGGCUCAAAAUUUGGACUCGUUCAUCAGAGAUAUCACAAUCAUCUGACUCGUUACAAGCCGUUGUCAUCAAAUCGAUUGUAUUUUAUUUAAUCUGUG